CGUGUGUGUGUCCAGUGGAGGUGGUGUGUGUUCGCCACAUCAUGGCAGCCUUCCUUCCGCAACAGGAAGUGAGUCUGGACAGACAGGAAGUGAGGCAGACUCUGAACAGGAUGUUCCUGAGCGUGUCACAGGAAGUAGAAGGUCAUGUGACGGAGGAGGCGGCGGAGGAGGCGUGUCUUCUGAUGUUUACGCUCUACGACCGGUCUGGUUCCAUCCCUGCUGAUCUCCUCCUGAAGGUUCUGAUUUCUCUCUCAGCUGAAACUCUCCCACUCAAAUACACAGCCCUGCUGGAUGUUGUUGACAAUUCAGGAUCAGUCAGCCGCUCUGGACUCAGGACUCUUCUGAAGGACCUCAGCCUGGUUCCGGGGGGGGUGCAGGAGGACUGCAGCGUGUUCGGUAGCGUGGAGGAUGCGCUGACCUCGUGUUUUAACAGGCGUAGCUGGUGUAAUGACGUCAGCUACGCAAAGGGCCAGGAAUACCUCGAUUUUAAUUGGUCCGUGUUUGAUGAGCUUGAGGCUGGUGUGAAAAUGAAGCGCUCCCUGGGGAUCUGUCUGCUGUUCGGCUCCGCUCUGAUCGGACUGG